ACGUCGCCGAGCGGACGCCCGCAUCGCUCCCUCCGGCGCCCGCUGCGAUGUCCAACGACCCUUCCGUGACGGUGCAACCGAUUUGAUAUUCAAAUUGGAUAAACGAAAUAAGUCGUCAAGGUACAUACGAUUGUAUUGUAAUGAGACAGCGGGCCGGACGCCCGUGCGGAACCGUACGGAGCGCCUCCUCACGUGGACUUCUCUACUUUUAUGAAUGAAAGGAACAUGGAGUUUGUGCUGAGUGACAACCAACCUUAUUCCCAGUGAAGUGAGACUCAGUGAUGAAGGGACUCUUUGGCGGUUCUCGAAACCGGCAAAAUUAAUUCUUACGCGGAGCUAGGAGCGCGUGCGGCGCCGUCCCGCGGGGCGCGCCGCCGCCAGUUCAUCAAGGGUUGGAAAAAAACCAUGGGGAUCAUAUCCAAGUCCUUCGGCGUAGUCUUCAGUCUCCUGUUCGAGCAGGAGAUAAUGAGCUACGUGCCCGCGGGCGGGUGCGGCGCGGCGGGCGGGGCCAGCCCCUCCCCCGCCGCCUCGCCCGCCGCCGCGCGCACCACGCGUGCGCCCGCGCCGCAGCGCCGCGACUUCGAGGCCAAGCUGCGCGCCUUCUACCGCAAGCUGGAGAGCAAGGGCUACGGGCAGGGGCCGGGCAAGCUGAAACUCCACAUUCGUCGCGAGCACCUCUUAGAAGACGCGUUCAGGCGCAUCAUGUCGUGCGGCAAGAAAGAACUCCAGAAGGGCAAACUCUGCGUGCUCUGGGACGGAGAAGAAGGCCUGGACUACGGAGGCCCGAGCAGAGAGUUCUUCUUCCUACUCUCGAGGGAGCUGUUCAACCCGUAUUACGGACUCUUCGAGUAUUCUGCGAACGAUACCUAUACGGUCCACGUGUCUCCGAUGUCGGCUUUCGUGGACAACCAUCAUGAGUGGUUCCGUUUCUCGGGUCGUGUGCUAGGCUUGGCGCUGGUACAUGGCUUUCUGCUGGAGGCGUGGUUCACGCGCGCCUUGUACCGGGCGCUGCUGCGGCUACCACCAGCUUUAGAAGACGUCGAUGCCUUGGACGCGCAGUUCGCGGCGUCGCUACGGUGGCUGCAGUCAGCCCGCUGCGUGUCCUCCCUGGAAUUAACCUUCGCGGUAUCAGAACGGCUGGCCGACGGCCGCGUGCUAGAGAGAGAGCUGAAGCCAGGAGGUCGUGAUGUGGCCGUCACCGAGCGGAACAAGAAGGAAUACCUCGAGAGGGUGGUCCGAUGGCGCGUGGAGAGAGGCGUGGCCGAGCAGACGGAGUGGCUGGUCAGAGGGUUCCAUGAGGUGGUGGACCCGCGCCUGGUGGGAGCAUUCGACGCGCGUGAAUUGGAGCUGGUGAUCGCGGGCGCGCCCGAGCUCGACGUGGCCGACUGGCGAAGCAACACCGAGUACCGCGGCGGGUACCACGACGCGCACCCUGUUAUACUGUGGUUCUGGCAGGCUAUAGACAGGUUCACCAACGAGCAACGCCUGCGACUGGUCCAGUUCGUGACCGGCACAUCUUCCAUCCCUUACGAGGGCUUCUCGGCCCUGCGAGGGUCCACGGGCCCGCGCCGCUUUUGUAUCGAGCGCUGGGGCCGCGUGGAGUCGCUGCCUCGAGCCCACACCUGCUUCAACCGGCUCGACCUGCCGCCUUAUCCCACGCCACAUCUGCUGUAUGAGAAGCUACUGCUGGCUGUCGAGGAAACUAACACCUUCGGGAUAGAGUAGACGGUCCUUAAAUGCAGCUUGGAAGCCGUGGUUUUUUUUUUAAACCGUCUGUUUUUUAAGCUGCCAGGUUUAAACUAAUACCAUGAUAAAUUAAAACGACUAGCUGGCCGUAGGUACGCUCAUAUGCAGCCAUUACGUGUAUAUCAUAAUGUCCAUAGGCUUUAUCAAACAGAACGCGUUCCUAGCGCACGUCGAAGCGCUAUGGCGCGAAGAACAGCUCUGGCGUAUUUUACUCUUACUUUAGUAACUUCCGGAUCAACUUCGAAAUGUCAAAAGACAAUGUUAGUAACGUAAUGUCAAGGUCACCAGUUUUUGGGUAAAAUUAACGUCCAGUAGAAAACAUGUCGUAUUGACGCUUUACAGUUGUUAAUAAAUACUUACUACAUUUGUUAAAAAAAUUUCAAACCCAGGGAAGUGUGUUAUUAUGAAAUAAGGAUGAUGAACUCAAACAAACACCCAAAAUAUUAAAAAUGUAAAACGAGCACUUGGCAUGCCUAGCGAGAUAUUCUGGGACAAAACAUCUUAUUUGGGGUAGUCAUGAGCGACAUUUGAUAGCUGCGGUCAUGCCAGCUAGGUCAGUAUCUUGCAAAGCAUUGAUUUAGUUCAAAUAUCAAGUAAAACUUCAAAAUGGAUAUUUAUUGCUUCAUGUUAAAUAGUGUUUAUGACCAUUGUAAUUGUAAGGGAAAUGUCCGAAAAAACUACUUUUUGUAAAUAUCGCUACUUUCCGCUUAUAUCCUAAUUAGCGGAUCAUGGAUUUAAGAGCAAUUAUUUAUUUUAUUAUAUUCGAUGCGUAAAUUAGCUACUCGAAUUGUAAUACAUGAAUUAACAAAACACUAAGAAGUCGAGUUAUCGCCCGCAGCACCGCUAAUGUACUAAAAUGCAUAGUUGUAAAUAAUUGUGACUAUUUAUAGUGUCAAUGUAAAUAAUAGUCAAUUGAUAGUGUAGCCGGCGACCAAACAAAGCCAAUGUUCUCGAUACGAAACGGCGUCGACGCAACAUGCCUUCGCCUUACGUAUACUUAAACGAGCCACUCCCAACAUUAAAUCACAAUCUGUUUGUACUUUAAUUAACGCUUUUAUUGUAAGUGAAGUAUAUUGUGGCUGUGAAUCGGGAUUCGAGUCCCAUUAUUUAGAUAUUACGCUUUACGUCACUAAUUUAUAGUUAUUGUACCUAUGUAACCUUUCAAGUACCCUAGAUAUUAAUAGUAUUUAUAUCAAGUUGCAAGGACUAGUGUUACUUCACUUGAACUUAAUAAAAUCAAAUUGUAAAUGUUUAUUAAUUUAAUUAAAGAAUGUUAUGAAAAUAUUCCCAAUUACAAUCAGAACUAGUCAGCUACUUUUAACCAUACUUUUAUUGCUAUAGUAAAACACUUUCCAAAUAUAUUCUCAACAUUUUCAUCAGAUACAUAAUAAUUCUGCUAUAAUCUAAGUUUGUACUAAUUUAGUUGAUGAGUGUUCAAAUCCUAAUUUGGUCAAGCUACAUUAUGUUGAUGUUCCUUCAUAGCAAGAUUGUAUUGUAAAUAUAUUACUGGCUCAAAAUAUUACAUUUUGACGAUACACAUUGAAUCUAACAAACAAGGGUACUUUCUUUGUAGCACAAUCAACAGUCUCCGUCUCUCACAUUCAAUGUGCAAUCUGCCAAAAUCUCAAAUAACAAAUGUCAAAGAUAGAUAACACAGCUUGAAAGUACCCCUAAAGUAUUAAUAUUUCGUUAGGACAUGUAGAUACAUUAUUUAUUGUGCUUAGAUAACUUACACCCUAUGUGUAAGUAAUGUUUAUUUUUGUAAGUAAAUAGUUAUAUUAUGUUGAACAUUUAACUAUUCUUUGUGUAUGUAUUGUUUUAUUAUGUAAAUUUUAAUUUGUUUUUGUGAAAGUGAUGAAAUGUGUCAAUAUACAUUAUAACUUA